CGGUCACACGUGACUAGCAUGAGGCGGUCAAGAUGAGGAAGUACAACAUGUUUCUGUAUUGGCAGACCUGAGGAGAGAAGGAAGAGUAAACAUGUAACACAUUCAAUGUUUGAUAAGAAUAAAUCAGUCGUUACUGUAUUUAAAUGAGAGAUGGUUUGUUUUCCCAGAAUCAUACACUUUAUUUGCACAGAACUGCAAGUCGAGGAGCAAUGUCAGCGUAGUUCUCUGGUGUAGCAACUUUUACUCUAUGUAUUAAACUGGAGAAUUGGCUUUGUAGUAGCAUGUUUUACCUUAGGACAUCGUUUGUGAGUAGACUGGGUUUUCUCCGUGUCCAUUUCAAUAAACGACUUAUAACAAUGUCAAUACCGAGCCUCUCAAAAGGAAACUCGGAGCGGCUGAGAAGCAGCAGCAUGUCACAGAUCAAUGCAGACAGCGGUGAAGCUCACUUCACUGACGUGGUGACAAGCAGCACGGGACGUGAAAACGACCACGCUGCGAGAGAGCUCACGGAGGAAGACAUGGUCGUUCACAGAAUCCAUACAAAGGCAUGCGAGGCAAAGAAGCAGAUGUAUAUCGACCCUUCCAGUGGGUACAAGGUGUUCACAGAGUAUGCCCACCUUCAGAGAGGCAAAUGCUGUGGCAGUGCAUGCAGACACUGUCCGUAUGGCCAAGUCAACGUGAAGGACCCUGCAAUGAAGAAGCAGUUUAAUUCUUUAUUUUUUGUGUAGGCCUAACUGAGCCAUACCAAAGGUAAAAUGUAAGGCCCUGUUUAGGAUGGAACCCGCAGCACGUUGCUUGUCUUCUGCCUGUCGUUAUUUGGACUACUCAAGAGUCAUUUUUAGCUGUGUACUAAAUGAUGAAAUAUGGGUAAUGUCUGUGCAAUACUUACCUCCUAUGAAUAACAACUAUUCUGAGGAUUAUUUAAUUUUAUUAUUCUCACAUGGGUGGAGGUUUGUUCACUAGAACCUCAUGUAAAAUAAUCUUUUAUCACAUUUUUGUAUUAUAUUUUUUUAGGCAUAUUUCUCAAAUGUUCAGUGAAAUGCCUUGAGCUUCAUUUUUCAUUUCUCCUUGCAAGUAUUUAAUAUUUUGUGGUAUUCCCUGCUCUGAUGCAUUUACAAGGGUUGUGGGAGUAUGGAGAUGAAAACUGAAAGAGUAUUUUAGAUCUUCGCCCUCAAGAUGAAGGGCAUAUAAGCGAAAGUAACUGCGGAUAGUCAGAUGCAAUCUUGUGCUCUUUUGGUUUUGCAUCUCUUUUUUUUUCCUCCCAAAUGUAUGACUGCAUGAAUAUUAGCAUCAUUUACACCCCACAAGUGCUCAACUGAGCUGUCUACCUUUGACUAAAAUACUGUGCUGUUAAAAAUAGGCAGGGGGCGAGGGUCAGCCCUCACACUUGGCUGCUCUGCUUAUACACCACUUGAUGGAAUCAGGCUGUUAACAAACAUGCCGUGGACAUCAACAGCAGCCCUCCCACCAGACUCGCAGCUCAGCCUCCUGGCAGCGGUGGACUACAGCACAGCUCCCCGCGGCUGCUCUCCCGAGCUGCAGCCUAAUGAACUCCUGGGCCCUCUCAUCCCAGCACCGCAACAGAUCAGCUCAUGUUCACGAGCAUGCAUAGACGCACACAUGCAUACUCCAUGAGAACACCCCGUGGCUCCUAAUAGGCCAAUAUAGAAUAAAGGUUGUACUAAACACCGCACUUUGUAGCUCCCAGUUAUAGUACAAGAUAAGGUCAAGCGCUCAUGCAGUACUACCUGUGCGUGCAAGAGAUGUUGGAGAAAGCUGUGCCACUUGAUUUGUGAGUGCAUGUGGGUAGGCAGCGCGAUGCCUUCAGGCGCUCGCUC